CGCGCGGCCGUCAUCUUGCCUUGAGUGUCCAGAGCUGAGGUGUCUGCGCAGCUAUUUCACACCCAGAACUCUCGUCAGAAGGGCCCUGGGCAAGGCCUCUGCCCUCAGCCCUCUGUCAACAACUGAAAGUAGACCCAGCACCAAGGAGUAGAAAGAUAAAAUAGAGUCUGGAAGAGAUGAAGGAACUUGUCUGAGGACCCACACCUGGAUUAGCAGCUCUGGACUUUUAAAGUGAUAGCAUUUCCCAGCCUUCAGCUGAGCUGAACAAAAAGCAUCCUUCCUGUCAUCAGCGCAGCAAAAUGAGAGGCAGAGAAACCCUGCUGGAAGGAAGCAAGGUCAUCCACUGAAGCUUCUUGACUUUGGCCCAAAACACAGCUCAGAUUCCACUCUCACUUCGAGCUGACCUAGCCCACUUUGAUACCAGGCCUGGAGUGAUGCGUCCCUGCCCCCAACCGCCUCCCAUCCCAUGAAGGCCUGAACAUGAGCACCAGCAGCCCCGCAUGCCACGUCGCGGCGGCCGGACACAUGACUCACUAUCCCGCCACGCCCUACCCGCUGCUCUUCCCGCCCGUCAUCGGCGGGCUUUCCCUGCCCCCGCUCCACGGCCUGCACGGCCCGCCGCCUCCGAGUGGGUGCAGCACCCCUUCACCUGCAACGAUUGAGACCCAGAGCACCAGCUCCGAGGAACUGGUCCCAAGCCCCCCGUCUCCGCUCCCGCCGCCCCGCGUGUACAAGCCCUGUUUCGUCUGCCAGGACAAGUCAUCGGGGUACCACUAUGGGGUCAGCGCCUGCGAGGGCUGCAAGGGCUUUUUCCGCAGAAGUAUUCAGAAGAACAUGAUUUACACUUGUCACCGAGAUAAGAAUUGUGUUAUUAAUAAAGUCACCAGGAAUCGAUGCCAGUACUGUCGGCUCCAGAAGUGCUUUGAAGUGGGGAUGUCCAAAGAAUCGGUCAGGAAUGACAGGAACAAGAAGAAGAAGGAGCCUUCGAAGCAGGAGUGCCCGGAGAGCUACGAGAUGACGGCCGAGCUGGACGACCUCACCGAGAAGAUCCGCAAGGCUCACCAGGAAACCUUCCCCUCGCUCUGCCAGCUGGGCAAGUAUACCACGAAUUCCAGCGCUGACCAUCGAGUCCGGUUGGACCUGGGCCUCUGGGACAAAUUCAGUGAACUGGCCACCAAGUGCAUUAUUAAGAUCGUGGAGUUUGCCAAACGCCUGCCAGGUUUCACCGGCCUGACCAUCGCAGACCAGAUCACCCUACUGAAGGCUGCCUGCCUCGACAUCCUGAUUCUCAGAAUCUGCACCAGGUACACCCCAGAGCAGGACACCAUGACGUUUUCGGACGGACUGACGCUGAAUCGGACCCAGAUGCACAACGCUGGCUUUGGCCCUCUGACCGACCUAGUGUUCACCUUCGCCGGCCAGCUCCUGCCGCUGGAGAUGGACGACACGGAGACCGGCCUUCUCAGCGCCAUCUGCCUGAUCUGUGGAGACCGCCAGGACCUUGAGGAACCAACAAAAGUAGAUAAGCUACAAGAACCACUGCUGGAAGCACUGAAAAUUUACAUCAGAAAGAGACGGCCCAGCAAGCCUCACAUGUUCCCAAAGAUCCUGAUGAAGAUCACAGACCUCCGCAGCAUCAGCGCGAAAGGUGCGGAGCGUGUAAUUACCUUGAAGAUGGAAAUCCCUGGCUCGAUGCCGCCGCUCAUUCAGGAAAUGCUGGAGAACUCUGAAGGACACGAGCCCUUGACCCCCAGCUCCAGCGGGCACACGGCGGAGCCCAGCCCCAGCGUCUCCCCCAGCUGCCUGGAGCCCAGCGGCGUCGGCCAGUCCCCGCUGCUGCAGUGAGACACUUUCUAGCUACUCCAGCGUUCCCCAGUACCUUCACUCCUGGGAUUUAAAAUGCAAGGAAGAAACAUUUUUACUGCUGCUUAGUUUUUGGACUGAAAAUAUAUUAAAACUCAAGAAGGACCAAGAAGUUUUCGUAUGUAUCAAUAUAUACCCCUCACUGUCUAACUUACCUAGAAGUACAAACUUUUUAAAUUCUAAAAAUCAGCCAUUUCAUGCAACCCAAAACGAGUUAAAAGCUUCUGUUUUCCUCUUUGAACACGCGAGAUUGCAUGGCAAAGACCCAGUCCCCACGGUACACCCUGGCCGUGUUUCCGAAGACUCUGUACAUACAGCGGCGCGGCUCUACGCCUUUCGUGUCCCACUCCAGGGAACCAAGGCCCACGGUCGUGGAGCGGAUUACUGUGCGUGUCCAGUUAAGGGAGGGUCAAAAGGAUAAGUGUUUUGCUUUCACAGAACAAUCAAGACAUCCAGGUAAGGAAGUGGAGUAUUGUAGUGUGAUGAGAUAAGGCUAAAGAUACUCUAAUUCAGUUAGUGUAGACGCUUGUCCUUGCUCUCCGAUGCUCUCAAACUGCGUCUCUCAUUUCCUGUUGCCCAGUAAAUGUAUCCAGAUUCACUGCCGUGAGCAGAAGACUUCUCUAUCAGUGUAACUGCCAGUUCAGUUAUCAAACGUCAUUUGUUCAAUUGUUGAUGUCACUUUAAAUUAAAAAUGGUUUAAUACUUGUUUAAUGACAUAACUACACAAUUUUUUUAAAAAGAUACAUUUUUACAGUGAUAGCCUCCAAGGCAGCAACACUAUUCAGUGUUAAGUUUUUGUUUACCUGUUCACAAGCCAUCACGGAGGUUCCAUGGGGUGACGACGGGCCGGCCUGCCACCUGCGCCAGGUAACUCUGUGUCCUGAGAGGGAAGGGCUGACCCCCCAAGUCACGGGCGGACAGUCUGCAUCCGCUGGCCUGGGUCAGCCGCUAUGAAGCAGGGUGGAGUGGUUAACAGAUACAAGUGUCAGUUUCUUAGGUCUCAUUUAAGCACUAGUGGAAUUUUUUUUUUUUUUGAUAUAUUAGCAAGUCUGUGAUGUACUUUCACUGGCUCUGUUUGUACAUUGAGAUUGUUUAACAGUGCUUUCUAUGUUCAUAUACUGUUUACCUUUUUCCAUGGAGUCUCCUGGCAAAGAAUAAAAUAUAUUUAUUUUAAAGGUG